AGCUGAAACAGGCCUUCCGGGAGUUUGACAAGGAUCGCGACGGGUACAUCAGCUAUAAGGACCUGGGCGAGUGUAUGCGGACCAUGGGCUACAUGCCCACCGAGAUGGAGCUCAUUGAGCUGUCCCAGCAGAUCACCGGGGGCAAGGUGGAUUUUGAUGAUUUCGUGGAGCUGAUGGGCCCCAAGAUGCUGGCGGAGACGGCGGACAUGAUUGGGAUCAAGGAGCUGCGUGACGCCUUCCGUGAGUUCGACACCAACGGGGAUGGGCAGAUCAGCGUGGCAGAGCUGCGGGAGGCCAUGCGCAAGUUGCUGGGGCAGCAGCUCAACUACCGAGAGGUGGAUGAGAUCCUCAAGGACGUAGAUCUCAACGGGGAUGGCUUGGUGGACUUCGAAGAGUUUGUGCGGAUGAUGUCGCGCUGAGGGCGGUGC